GUUAAAUAUAUUCAAAGUAGUUUCUUUGUGUUGAUUUUCCGUUUUUUCUUAUGUAAUCUCUGAGUUCAGUGUAUAUUCAUUAAGCUGAUGAGUGACAUACGCACUUUAAGGACAUCCAAAUGCUCUUAAUUUUUCGGUAAUGUGUGUAAAUGCUGUGACUGUAACUUUGUACUUUGCAGUUUGAGCAUCGGCGCGAGUGAACCAAUCAUGGCCAGCAUGGCGGUUCAGCUCCUUGGCUUCUUCUUAGGGUUGUUGGGGUUUGCAGGAACUGUAGUUGCAACUCUGCUCCCCCACUGGCGCAGCACAGCCUAUGUGGGUUCUAACAUCAUCACAGCCACCGCCUACAUGAAAGGCCUGUGGAUGGAGUGUGUAUGGCACAGCACUGGCAUUUACCAAUGUGAGCUGUACAGAUCUCUACUGGCACUGCCACGUGACCUGCAGGCAGCCCGGGCGCUUAUGGUGCUGUCCUGCAUCACCUCAAUUCUGGCAUCUCUGGUGUCUGUGAUGGGGAUGAAGUGCACCCGCUUUGCCCGUGGCUCAUUGAUCAAGUCUCCACUGGCGAUGAGUGGAGGAAUUUGCUUCCUCUGUGCUGGUCUACUCUGCCUGGUCCCUGUUUCCUGGACCACCAACGAUGUUAUAAUUGAUUUCUACGACCCCUUCCUUCCCAGCGGUUUGAAAUAUGAGAUCGGCCUGGCCGUAUACCUCGGUUACGCCUCGGCCUGCCUCAGUCUGAGCGGAGGACUGGUGCUGUGCUGGCGCAGCAGCGCUGACAGGCCACGGAGUCGCCCCCAUAUAGAGAGGAAUCAACCAUCAUCACCUCCCCCUGCAUUCAACAACAUAUAUCCCCCUGCUCCACUCUACAAGCCCCCAGAGGCCCUGAAGGACAACCACGCUCCCUCAUUUUGCUCCCUUUCCAGCAGUGGCUAUAGGCUCAAUAACUACGUCUAAAACUGGGGGCGAUACUAACACAAGAACUGUGAGUCCACAAGGUCUGUGUAUGAAUUAAAAAGAUACUGCAUGGUCCAAAACAGUCAACUGAACACUUCUCCAACUUGUUUUUAAUACAUUCACAAGUAUUUUUGCCUCCUCCAUACCAAUAAAACAAUAUUUUAAAAAAGGGAAAAGGAAGGACCAGUACCUCACAUUCCCACAUUUGACCAAAUAUCAGUUGCCACAAUUCAAAGGAUAUCACAAUUUGACAAACUUACAGGCCUUCCUCAUACUGCAUUGAAGUUGUUCCUAGCAGAACUGGGAACCACAGUGUGUGUACAAGAACUGAGAACUAAAACCUGUUGACCUGGUGCUACACACCUGAAGGACCAGAAGGUGGCAACAUAUUCCUGCAAAUGGUCACAGAAGAGACUAUAUAAAUCGGUUUCCACAUUCUAACUCCAGCAUUCAUGUUAAUGGAUAACCGCUUGUUCUGUCACUUCCUUAUUGGAUCCUACUUUUUAGUUGGGGUUAACUCUUUGUGAAAGACAAUACAAACACAUCAGUGCUAUUGAAACAAACACAUCAUAUUUAAUGUCUGUAUCCAU